CAGACCAGUCUGCGCCUAAAUGUAGUCCUGGAAGGAGGAGAAAUCUUAAGAUGCCUUUUUGACGGCAGGCAAAAAAAGACAGGCGACAAACCGGUCGGUUCCCUUUAAUUUCCUUCUGGGUUGCAUUUAAAGGGGAGGCGCCUAUUAGGGAAGAGAAUGGACAGCAGCAGCAGGAGGAGGAGGAAGGGAGUUUGCAGCAACUGCUUCUUCCCCUUUUGAAAGGAAUCCGAAAGUUGGAAGGAGAAUCUUGGAAGGAGGAAUCUUGCAGAUUGUCUGGAGGGAGCAGAUCCAGGGGGCAAAUACUAUUGGAGUUGGAGCCCUGCUGUCGGGGCCUCCUGAUGGAGAUAGAGCUGGUGACAGUGAAAGAAGAGACAGGGCCAGAAAUCCCCUCUGUCUGUCCCUUCUGCCAAGAGGACUUGCCAACCCUUGCUGGGCCCACGGGGCACAUUCCACAAUGCCUGGGGUGCAAAAGCUUUGUUUUAGAGCCUCAGAGUUGGUUGCCGGACAACCCAGAGGCUCUGGCCCACCCUAUGGAGAGGCCCUACACCUGUUCCUUCUGCCCCAAGAGCUUCAAGAGAGCUUCCGACCGGCGCGACCACGAGCGGGUCCACACCGGCGAAAGGCCCUAUGGCUGUGGCGUCUGCGGCAAGCGUUUCACCCAGAGCUCUGUGCUUUCUGGCCACAUGCGCAUCCACACUGGCGAGCGGCCUUUCCACUGCAGCAUCUGCUUCAAGUCUUUCAACAAUGGUUCUAACUUCCGGAAGCAUCAACGCAUUCAUGGCCAACUGUUUGGUCACUGUAACACAAGGGAAGAUGAGAAAGACUGUGACCUAUUCCUUGGGAAGAAGCAGAGCCAGCUGGCAGAAGGACAAAAUGACUAUCAGGUCAUCCAAGAAGUAAAGAAUGGCGAGAACAGGAGGAACCAAGACCCCAAGGGAUGGCAAGGCCUUAGUUGCAAUAGUAGGAUACCCCAAAAUGGCAGCUUAAGGCAACCUAGUGACAAUAUGGACUAUUUCAAAGGAAGAGGACUAAGGCAAGACGGUAGUCAUCAAAUAAGGCAAAGUAGCCAUGGAUGUAUUGAUGUUAAGAUGGAAGGCAGCAAAUACAAUUAUGGUUGCUUGGGAGACAAUGGCGAUUCUAGCCAAGGCUCAGAAGUGACUAAAAAUGGCCACAGCUUCCAGCCACGGAGGGAUGUUAGUGGGGAAAAUCACACUGAAGCCAUGAGGCCAAAUAAAGCUGGCGGAAGUCACACUCAGGGAGAACAGAAGCAACUUGCGGAGAGUUGUAAUGAUAAGUUACAGCUAGAUGGCAACAGUUUUGGAAAAGGCCUUUCACUAGUUGAUGGCGACAGGAAGGAUAUUCAUAAACAGGGUCAGGAGAGCAGAGUCAGGAGCAAUUUAGUAAGGAGGGCAAAUGGAGACUAUCUUAAAGGGCUGAAGUACAGCAGUGGAGAGGGUAUAGGCACAAACAUGAGGCAAAAUGGUACAAGGGGAAGCCAUCUCAGUGGACUGAAUCCAGAAAUGGAUGUUAGUAUCUUGGAACCAAGGCAAAACGGCAGUGAUGCAGAUGCUACUGAUGACCUAAGACACCAAAACCCUGGCCAGUUUGGAGACGUAACCCAGGAUGGUGGCACCAACAAGGAGAAAUGGAUGGACUUCCAAGUAGACACCCUCAAGAAUGUUGUCACACCCAAAGUGUCUUCCUGGACACAUCCCAAUAACAGCAAUGUUUUGGCCUGGGAAGAGCCAAAUAUUAGGAUAAUGAAAGAAAAGGAUGAAUUUGAGGAUUGUUCUACCAUAGGCAUGUCUAACGAUGUAUCUCCCUGGCAACAAGAAAGUCCUGAACCAUGGUCCUUGCCUUAUGACAUCUCUGCCUCCCCCCAUAGCCAUUCCCAACACCAGUUUAGAAUGACCUCUCAUCACUGGGAAGAAGAUGGGAGUUCACCACCUAGUUUUCCUUUUCAAGAACCUGAAACCUAUGGGCAGCACUCUCUGCCAGAAUUAGAUUCCAAACCCUUUCUGUGUUUUGCAUGCCCCAAGCAGUUUCGUCGGGCCACAGAUCUGAAGGAGCAUUUGCGGGUUCAUACGGGCGAGCGGCCCUUUGGUUGCAGUGUCUGCGGGAAGCGAUUCACUCAAAGCUCAGCCCUGGUUACUCACCGGAGGCUACACACUGGAGAGAAACCGUUUGAGUGUGCUGUGUGCUAUAGACGUUUUAAUAACUCCUCCAAUUUUGCCAAGCAUCGCCGGCUUCAUGGGCAGGAGGGGACAAGACAUGGGGGUAAAGCCAUAGUGAAAGACUUAUGGAGUGACAAGCCACACUGAUACCAUUUGAAGGAAACCUGUCAUUGGGAAAUGGAAGUGUAGCUGUAGGUAGAACUGUGGGCACUACUUUUGUUGUUGAUGGGUGCUGAGUUCAGUAUCCUGCCAAGCUUUUCCUUUUAUAGAAAACAUAAAGUUGUUAACUCCUAUGGUGUGGUUUUAAUGUCAUGGAAAACUAUGGUUUGGCAUUUCAUGAGCAAGUCAUAGGCUUAUGUGCUCCUUCUUCCUGUAAUGCUAGUUGUGAUGCAGACUCCUGUGCUAAUAAGGACAACAGAGGAUAGAAGUAUUGCUUCACAAAUAUCAACAAGAGUAUAGUGAACAAGGUCUGACAAAUCCAGGAAGCUAUUAAACACUACAAAACUGGCUUUAAAGAGACAUUGCAAUAGUUUCUUUGCACUUCUUGGUAAAUAGAUUAUUUCAAAACCAUCCCUAGCACAGCAAUCAAGCCAUUAUUUCUAAUUAAGUUGGUGAGUAAGCGAAGGUUGGUGGAAAUCAUGCUUUGCCAAGAAUCAGGAAAUGUUGAGAGAAAGGUGCAUGUAAAUCUUAGCCAUUUAUGUAAUACUAAAUCAUGGUUAUGGGGCUGUGGUGGCACAGGACGUUCAACCUCUGAAGGUGUAGAACUUGCUGACCGGAAGGUCGGUGGUUUGAAUUCAUGGGAUGGGGUGAACUCCCAUUGUUAGCCCCAACUUCUGCCAACCUAGCAGUUCAAAAACAUGCAAGUGAGUAGAUCAAUAGAUACCACUUCAGCGAGAAGGUAAUGGCGCUCCAUGCAGUCGUGCUGGCCACAUGGCCUAGGAGGUUUUUUGUUUUGUCAGGAGCGACUUGAGAAACUGAAAUUCGCUCUGGUGUGAGAGAAUUGGCCGUCUGCAAGGACGUUGCCCAGGGGACGCACAGAUGAAUUGAUGUUUUUAUCAUCCUUGUGGGAGGCUUCUCUCUUGUCUCCGCAUGAGGAGCCAGAGCUGAUAGAGGGAGCUCAUCCGCCUCUCCCCGGAUUCGAACCUGCGACCUGUCGGUCUUCAGUCCUGCUGGCACAGGGGUUUAACCCUCUGCACCACCGGGGGCUCCACCUAGGAGGCUUAGAAAUGGAUGUGUGCACCAACCCAUAGAGACUCGACUAGAUUUAAUGUCAAGGGGAAAUCUCUACCUAAAUCAUGGUUUGGCAUUAUGUUCUGGACUCUUUGGGACCUAGAAUAUCAUUUGAGAAUAUAUGUACCAAAUCUCUUUGGUGUUAGAUCUUGAUAGAGGGAGUGGAGCAGACUUUCUAGUAGUCAGUGCCUUGUAUGGACAUUUUAAAAAUAUUUUUUUUAAUCAUGUGAAAUUUGUUUAAUGUAUGAAAUUCAACACCAUUGCUGGAAAUUAGGUGGUUCGUAUUCACUUAACCUGAGUGUAAGCCCUGUUGAACUUUGGUUGAAUAUGUAUACCAUUGUGCUAUCGACACAAUUGUAUACUGCCAAUUUCCUACAUUGGCAGUAUGUUAGCUCUUUAAAAAAACUGAUCUGAUUUAUAGCAACCAAUAUGCACAGGGUUUCAAAUAUGUGCCCAUGCUCAGGAGCACAAAUUUGAUUUCAUAAAAAGGAAUUUGGUGAAAGAUGUGAAUAAAGCAAUGUUAUAUUAGCAAUGGAACAAUUUAGGGAGAAAGGGCUAUGGAAAAGUUAUUUCAGAAAUACUUGUAAAUAUUUGCAGCAAACACCCAAAGCUAGAAAUAAAAUCUUUUGAAAAUA